ACGACCACUUACGCUACUACCUACCCGGCCAGCACAUUCACAACAACUACAACUGCGCCAGGCGGAACUACAACAUUCGUGACUACCGCCAGCGCCAGUACCGCUACAAUCACGACGACGACGACUGCUCCUGCAUCCACAACCACGACCGUGUUGACAACUCAGCGUGACACUACAACAGCUCCAGCAAAUACCGUCACCACGGUCUCCAUCAGCAGCGCUCCUGGUGUUACUUCAACGGAAAGGACUGUUAGCACAGCUCCUGGAGUUACCUCGACAGAAAGGCAGACCCAAUCCCUCACGGCUACAACGACACAGGUAUCAACGCUCGAAAGAACUUCGACGCUUCCUCCUACCACGAUCACUUUCACCCAGCCUCCUACGACCAUUACUAGAUCAGUGACUGGAACUGCGACCGCCACGGCCACUGUCACAACGACC